AUGACAGUGAAGGCUCUCAGAGCCAUCCCUAGUGGUGGCAAGAAUGGCCUCGGCGCAUUCAUCCUUCAGUGCAAGAAAUUAGAAUUUCACUACUGCGACUGGGCCGGCAGCUCCAAGGGCAUGAACGGCUUCAUCAAGUCUCUCCUCCCGAAAUUCGCCGCCGCGAACCCCCAGGUCGAGUUUUCCAUCUCCCCCCGACCCGGCAAGCACCCCGUCAUUACCGGCCACUACAUCAACGGCCGAACGAAGCCAAUCUGCGUACGAAACCUAUCACCAUACGAAAUCCUCGAUAAGCUGGAGUUAUUACGAGACGCGAGCGGAGAGAAGCUGAAGCGUACAAAUAAGGCGGUGACGAGCACCAAGCCCAGUGUCAGAGGUAUCUGGUCUCCUUACCACGGCAAGGGCAUGAUUGUGUAG